GGGCCCAGCUGCGUUACCUCCGGCCGCAUGCCCACCCGCUCUCCACCACUCUCCCGGAGGCCCCGCCCCUUCCGCCCCCCGUAUGCGUCCGCUCACGUGCCACACCCGACUUCCGGGUCACUGUGGCCGCCGGCGCCAGUUUCCGCUCACGUGUUCGCCUGUCUUCCGGGCGCUUCCUACCGCAACGCCGGCAUGGCUGCACUGUUGAGGCCCGCGCGCUUUCUGCUCCGCGCCGCCGACGGCUCGCACCUGCCGCCCGCCCUGCGCCUGCUGCCUCGUGGGCUACAGAGCCAGGCCAGGCACUAUGCCAUUGCUGCUGAGAACAGAUGGACCGAGGAGCCCACAUUCUCUUCUAGAAGGGUUGGAGGACAAUUUGACUGGGCUCUGGAGAGACUGGACAAUUCUGUGCGAAGAACUGGUCGCAUCCCCAGGUCGCUGCUGCAGAAGGUCUUUACCAACACGUGCCACUCAGGCACCCCCGGUGGCAACCAGGCCUUGCUUCUUUUGCGCAGCUGUGGCUCUCUUUUGCCUGAACUUGAGUUCUCCGAGAGGACAAAACUUGCUCAUGUCAUAUGGGAGAAGCUGCAGAAACUGGGUACUGUAUAUGAUGUAAGCCACUACAAUGCUCUGCUAAAAGUCUACCUUCAAAAUGGAUACAAGUUUUCCCCGAUGGAUUUCUUGGCACAGAUGGAGGCAGCAAACGUCCAGCCAAAUCGAGUGACAUAUCAGCGGUUGAUUGCUGCCUACUGUAAUGUGGGAGAUAUUGAAGGUGCCAGCAAGAUUCUUGGCUUCAUGAAAACGAAGGACAUUCCUGUCACAGAAGCAGUGUUCAGUGCCCUGGUCACUGGCCACUCCAGGGCUGGGGACAUGGAGAAUGCAGAGAACAUCCUGACAGUGAUGAGCGAGGCUGGGAUUGAGCCUGGCCCGGACACGUACCUUGCACUCCUGAAUGCAUAUGCUGAGAAGGGGGACAUGGAUCAUGUUAGGCAGACCCUGGAGAGGGUGACAACGUCUGAGCUGUACCUGAUGGACCGCGAUUUACUGCAGAUCAUCUUCAGCUUCAGUAAAGCUGGGUAUCCUCAGUAUGCCACAGAAAUUUUGGGAAAGCUUACUCAUGAGAGAAGAUACAUUCCAGAUGCUAUGAACCUCAUUUUGCAUUUAGUCACUGAAAAAUUAGAAGAUGUGGCCUUCCAAGUCUUAGUAGCCAUUCCCAUGUCGAAGGAAGACAGGCUCAGUGACUUUGGCAAUUUCUUUUUGCGACACUGUGUGGCUAUGAAUACGUCUGCAGAAAAGCUGAAAGAAUAUUGUAAGAAGCUACAGGAAACCCAGCUGCACUCUUCUCCUCUGCAGUUCACGCUCCACUGUGCUUUACUUGCCAAGAAAACUGAUUUGGUGAAAGAGCUCUUAAAGGCUCUGAAGGAAGAAGGGUUUCCUAUCAGAACUCACUAUUUCUGGCCACUGCUAGUUGGACAUCUCAAGGAAAAAAAUGUUCAAGGGAUCAUAGACUUGCUUAAAAUGAUGAAGGAGAUGGGUGUGAAUCCUAAUAAGGAGACUUACUUCAGCUACGUGCUCCCCGCUUUUGAGAGCAGUGAGUCAUUGCAAGCUGCUUUGAAGGAAAAUGAUUGCUUGUCCGAAGAGAGUAUAAGUAUACUCUCCCAAAUUCAAAUGAAGCAUGAAGCAGAGAAUGGAAACUUGGACUAUUUCUUCUCCUUCUUGAAAUCAAACCCCACUGAACUGCUCUUAGGGACAUCUCUGAAAAACAGCUUGAUUCUAUGCUUUAGGAGGUCUAAGAACGUAACUCUUUGGAGCAAGAUCACAGAACUGCUGUAUAACGGUGGACUCUGCCAAGAAACUUCAAGACACAAGGAAGCUGUUGGCUAUUUUCUUUAUAGCUUGAUUGACAGCAUGAGUGACUCAGAGGUACAGGCCAAGGAGGAGCAUUUGAGACAAUACUUCCAUCAGCUGAAGGAGAUGAAUAUAAAUAUUUCUGAAAAUAUCUACAGAGGCAUUCGUAACCUACUGGAUAGCCAUCAUGUUCCCGAUUUGAUCAAGGAUAUUAGAAUGUUGAUUAGCAAGACAGACUCUCAAAACAGUGUGCAGCAGUUUGCAUCGUCUGAAUUGGAAUCUACGCUUGAACGUCUCAAAGAUGAAAAUCAACCUAUAAAAGAUGUCUUAAAGAAGCUUAUACUAAAGCUUUGUUCAGAAGAGAACAUGCAGAAAGCUCUUGAAUUGAAAGCAAAAUAUGAAUCAGAUAUGAGUGUCGGUGGCUAUGCAGCUUUAAUAAAUUUGUGCUGUCAAAAAAACAACAUAGAAGACGGGCUCGCCCUGAAACAGGAGUUAGAACGCCUAGAUUCCUCUGUUGUCCUUGACACUGGCAAAUAUAUAGCCCUUGUCAGAGUACUGACGAAGGAAGGCAAGGUCCAAGAUGCUAUUAACAUUCUAAAGGAGAUGAAAGAGAAGAAUGUUCUUAUCAGAGAUUCAACAGCCCUGUCCUUCUUCCACAUCCUAAAUGAUGCUGCUUUGAGAGGGGAAGUCGACACAGUGAACCAGUUGCAUGAAGCCAUUGUGACUCUGGGGCUAGCAAAACCAACCUUGUACACAGUUUCCCCCCUGGUCACGGUGCAUUUGGCAAAGGAUGACUUACCUGCUGCUGUGAAUGUCUGCUUUAAGUGCUACCAGAAAUACAAGGUCCUGCCACGGUUUCAUGACGUGCUGUGCAAGCUGUUAGAGAAGGGCGAGACUGAUCUGGUUCAUAAAGCCAUGGGCUUCGUGACUGAGGAGCAAGGGGAAAUGACCAUGCUCUAUGACCUCUUCUUUGCCUUCCUGCAUACAGGAAACUACAAAGAGGCCAAGAAGAUCAUCGAGACGCCAGGCAUUAGAGCUCGACCCUCAAAGCUUCAGUGGUUUUGUGAGCGAUGCAUUUCAAACAACCAGGUUGAGACUCUGGAAAAGUUAGUGGAGCUGACAGAGAAACUGUUUGAAUGUGAUCGAGACAAGAUGUACUACAGCCUGCUCAAGCUCUACAAAAUAAAUGAUGACUGGCAGAAAGCAGAUGCAGUCUGGAAUAAAAUGCAAGAAGAGAAUGUUAUUCCUCGUGGGAGUACACUAAGAUUGCUUGCGCAGAUUCUCAAAAACAAUAACCAGGAGGUCCCCUUUGACGUGCCGGAGUUGUAUGAGGAUGAAAAUGAUUUUCUGAGUUCUCCAUCAUCCCCAGAGACAGAAACUUAUUUCCAUAUAGAUCUGUUGAGUGCCUGCAAGCUACAGAAACAUAAAGAUGCGUAUCAAAUUUUCCUGAAAGCACAAAAGCAAAACAUUGUGUUUAACAGUGACACUUACAGCAGCCUCAUAAAACUACUGUUGUCGAAGGAUGACUUCACUAAUGCAAUGCAUGUGAAAAGCGUCGCUGAGACCCACAUCAAGGGCUUCACACUGAACAGUGCUGCCAGCAGCAUCCUCAUCACAGCCCAAGUUAGGCGGGAUUAUUUGAAAGAAGCCCUAGAGACACUGAGCGCAGUCUGCAGUCAGGAGCAGCUGCCUUCCAAUAUUUCGGUGACUCGCCUUGUCCAGGCCUGUGCCUUGAAGGGUGACGUGGACAGCGUGCAAGCCGUGCAAAGGAUGGUGAGCGGACUGGAGGACACCCUCAGGCUUUCCAGCAUGCUCUUCAUCAAUAACACCGCCUUGGCUCAAAUCAAGAACAAUAACAUAGACGUUGCAGUAGAACAGAUUGAAAAUAUGCUUACUUCCGGGGACCAAGCCAUUAGUCCCCAGUACUUCGGCCUGUCCUAUUUAUUCAGAAAAGUGAUAGAUCAGAAGUUGGAUCCAGCCUUGGAGAAGAUCACCAUCAUGGCCGAGAGACUGGCCAACCAGUUUGCAGUCUACAAGCCUGUCACUGACCUUUUCCUGCAGCUUGUGGAACACGGCAAGGUGGAUGACGCCAGGGACCUCCUGCAGAGGUGUGGAGCCAUUGCUGAGCAGAUCCCUAUCUUCCGUGUGUUCUUCAUCAGGAACUCUCGCAGAAAAGGAAUGGUCCCAGUGUUGAAUUGUGUGUUGGAGCUGAUUCCUGAGCUGCUGGAGAAUGAGGAUUUGUACUGUUUGCUCAUGAAGAGCUAUGCCAUGAGCAAGGAUGUGGCAUCGGCUAACGCACUCUACACGCAGCUGAUGGCGAAGAACAUGCCUUUGUCUAACCUCUUCCUGAAGCGCUAUGCAAUCCUGCUCAAGAGCUGUGGCAAGCCUGUCCCCUUCGAGGAGCCCCCUGAAAGCUUUGAGUUUUAUAUAAAUCAGCAAAAGGAAUCCAGGGAAAGCGUGUGAAGCAGCAGGCACCCCUGUGUCUCAUAGUGUUCGUGACUGUCCAAGAUACUUUUUUUUUUUUUUUUUGUGAAAAGGAAAAAUAAACUUUACUCAUCCACCUUCCCUUCUCGAUCUGGCUGCAUCUUCCAAACUUUGACACCAACCCCACCCACCCUGUAUACAAGGCUUCAGGUGUGCCACUGGCGUCUGUCUCCCUAUGGUGCCCCUGCUGGGGAUGUGGACAGUAAGCGCUCCCUGGCCACUAGCUUGGUGCUGGCUAGCUGAGGACUGUCUCCUGUUCAGCUCCAGGCUGGGGAGGUGUCUGCUGCGGGGGCCCUAACCCACAUACACCUACUUGUCCACACAGCGGCAGCCCUAAGAGGUGGAUGCUUGGGCCUUGUGAGCAGGAGGUCGGUCACUCCAGACCAGCCACGACGGGCAGCCAAAAGUCCAUGUGGCUGCACCUCAUUAAUGCAGUGGUCUCCUUGGGACAUCUCCAGAUUGUUGAUUCUGAGCAUCCCUGCAGAGUGCUGGGUGAGCAGUGACACACCGUCACAGCCGAGACACCAACCGUGGUCAGAUGGGAAGCCUACAAAGCAGGCAUCUGUGUAAACAUGAGGAGCCCUGUGUCGUUGUACAUUCAUGUACGUAAACUCAAUAAAAGUAAUGUCAAAUGUC